AUGGCCAGCCCAUCGCUCAAUUUCAUUACCUUCAACCAGGACCACAGUUGUCUUGCUGUUGGUACCUCCAAAGGGUUUCGUAUAUACCAUACAGACCCCUUCUCACGAAUUUUCAAUAGCGAUGAUGGAAACAUUGCUAUCAUUGAGAUGCUGUUUUCGACUUCACUCGUCGCGCUCAUACUAUCUCCCCGGCAUCUUAUAAUCCAAAAUACAAAAAGAGCAUCUGUCAUAUGCGAGCUCACGUUUCCAUCUGCCGUUCUUGCCGUCCGACUAAACCGAAAGCGUCUUGCCGUCAUACUGGAGGAGGAGAUAUACCUGUACGACAUUAGCAAUAUGAGCCUCCUCUACACCAUAACAACCUCGCCGAAUCCUUCUGCUAUAUGCGCGCUGUCCCCUUCUUCGGACAACUGCUUCAUUGCGUAUCCCCUCCCCAAACCUAGGGAAGAUGCUGAUAGUCGUCGCCCGGCUCAUGCACCACCCCAGUCUACAUAUGUGUCGCCAACGUCGGGCGAAGUGCUCGUCUUUGACACACUGACACUCAAAGCGGUAAACGUCAUUGAGGCCCAUCGCUCGCCCUUGUCCUGCGUAUGCUUGAAUAGCGACGGCACACUGCUGGCCACAGCGAGUGAAACUGGGACAAUCAUCCGCGUUUUUUCCAUCCCUAGAGGCCAGAAACUAUAUCAGUUUCGACGAGGGACUUACCCUUCGACCAUUUACAGCAUGUCGUUCAAUCUCAGCUCGACCCUUCUAUGCGUGUCCUCUACUUCUGAAACUGUCCAUAUCUUUCGACUGGGAACACCGCCUGGACAUACUACGCCCAGAGGCGCGCCAAUCGAAACCCCAAGCCCUCCGAGACAGGAUCGCUGGUCUCGAGCUAGAAGCUACGACGAUGGCGACUCACCGGGAAAUAGCGCCGCAGAGUCGCCGAGAAGCGAGGCAGUGGAAAUGGCGGGAAAUGCAGCUUCCAGUGGUGGCAAACAGGGCCAUCGAAGGCAGAGCGGUUCAUUUAGUAACAUGCUGCGCCGAUCAUCGCAAAUUAUGGGUCGUGGUGUUGCCGGCGUUGUUGGAUCUUAUCUGCCCCAGACUGUUGCAGAGAUGUGGGAGCCGCUACGAGACUUUGCGUUCAUUAAAAUACCGAAAUCCGGGGUGUCGGCACUGACCCCGCGGGCAUCAGGAAACCCCACUGUUAGCCCGUUGCGAAGUGUCGUGGCGAUGAGCAGUAGUAGCCCCCAGGUCAUGGUUGUAACCAGCGAUGGCGGCUUCUACGUUUAUAAUAUCGACAUGGAAAACGGAGGAGAAGGAUACCUCGUGAAGCAAUUUUCGUAA